GUAGAAACGAAGAAGGUUCGUCUGCACUUUUCUUCUCUUCGUCCGGGUCAUCGACGGUCUGGACGAUAUCUGUUCUCAUAUCUGAUUAGACCUUUAACUAAGAUAAAACAUUGACUUACAAGCAUGUGGAAUGGACCUGGACCUGGACCUGGACAUGGACCGCGGGGAGGACCGCCUUUCCGUGGUGAUCACCAUGGGGAAAUGUUUGGGGGCAGAAACCGUCCUAUGCCAGAUUACAGAGGUAGAGACGGGAUGAACAUGGGCCCCAUGGGUCAUAUGGGCCCUCGACCACAAGAUCUGCCACCCAUGGACAUGAGGAGAAUGGAUGGACCGCCCAUGAGGGGGCGUGAUAUGGAUCCUCGGGACAUGCGAGGAAGAGAACCAAACAGAGAUUUCUUCAGACCUGGAGAAGAACCAGACUUUAAUAUGAGAAGACAUUAUGAAAGUUCCAUCAGAGACAAACUGAAUCCUCCUGGUUUUCGUGGUCCAGGCAGGAACCCAGACAUGGGAGGGAGAGGCCCCCCACGAGACCCAAACAACAGAUUUAUGGAUUCAGGUGAACCAUUUCGUGAUGACAUGCCACGAUUCAACAAUCCCAAUGUUGACGGACGAAGGGGGUUUCCUGUGGAUCGGAUGGAGCGAGGUGAUGGAUUCAGGGAAAUGCACGACAGACCACCAAUGGGUGUGGGUGACAAUGAUCGCUUUGACAUGGACAUGCCCCCUCGGGACAGGAGAAUGAUGGACAUGGACAGGAGAGGUGGACCACCGUUUAAUCCCAGAGGGGGUUUUGACUCUGACAUGGACUUCAGAAACCGUCCCGGACCGUCGGCUGACUUUAGAAGUAGAGAUCGAUCUCCUUUAGGGUUUGGUAACCGUGAUGGCCCUCCAAUGGACAUGCCACCAGAUGUUGGUUCUCAUAGGCCGGAGUUCAUGGGUGCAGGAGAUCCUUUCAGUAACAGAGAAUAUGCAGAGUCAAGUGGCAGUCCCCUGAUGGACUAUCGAAGUGGUGAAGAGAUGACCCUGGCAGAGGAGUGGAAGAACCGUCGAAAGGACAAGACACCUUUCUAUGAUAUGGGUAAAGGUAUGGGAAAUGUACCGGAGCCCAACUUCCCUGUUGGCUUUGGCAGAGAUGUGAAUAUGAGGGACCCAGCACCAUUUCAGGAAAGGGACAAACCACCGCCUGAUUUCCAAGGGAAGGAUGUUGGCUAUCCCUGUGGUGACCAGUUUCCGCCCAUGGGUUUACCACCAAUACGCCAAGGUCCUCCAGACCUCCCGCCCCCAGACGUUGGUCCACUACCUCACCCCCUGGACAGAGAAAACGACGGUAAACACUGGCUUGGAGAAAGGGAUCCAAAGCAUGUCCAAAAUAAAUCAAAUCGAAAUGAAAUGCCCCCUUAUCACCAAGAGAAGAACCCACCUUUACCAGAGCACCCAGAGCCAAAUGAUUGCUUUAAAGGAAUGAAAGAGAUCCCACACAGUGAGGGUCCUGCCAGGGGGAAGCUGGGGGCAGAAGGUGACUUUCCAGCCCCCAGCGCUGUGCAGCCACGAGACCAGGACUACAGGGACAUCGAUUACAGGACAGCGUCUGGAAGGGCGUUCGAAUACAAACCAGAAGAACUUCAACCACCAGAGAAAAUCCUCAAAGAAUCUAAAGCAAUCCCACCUCCAAAAUUUGGUGACGCUGUUUCACAGGAUCAAGAUUACAGGAACGCGUCAGUGGAGGACAAAGUUUCCAAUAUCAUAUCCAUAACUGGUAUUCCAAAGACUGCUACAAUGGAGCAGAUUCUCGGUGCCUUUGCGGUCCGUGAGGGUGUGCCAAUGCAGGGGAUGAAGAUCAAAAACGUGGUGCCAGGUUACAGCUACGAUAUGGCCUAUGUGGAGUUUUUAAACCUCGAGGAUGCAGUCCACUUCAUGGAGUCCAACAAGGGAUCCCUGAAGGUUGGCACUAGAACAACGUCCAUGAAGUACAUCCAGCCAGAGGAGUGUGAAAGAGGUGUUCAUGAGUCAGAUCACAAAGUACCUCCACCCCAGCUACCCCGAUCUGAAGGUCCUCCAGAAGAGCUAAAGAACAACCUGAACGAGCCCAAACCGAACCCCCCCAUCGAUCCGCUGGCCCACGGCCAGUGGCAGCGCAGCUCCGACCUGACUCCAGAGGCCUGGCAGCAGCAGGUGGACCAGCAGCUCCAGCAGCAGGACGCAGAGCAGCAGGCGGAGGCGUGGAGCCAACACAACCCUCCACACCCCUCCGGCUCCAACCAGCCCGACUCCGUCUUCAGAGACAGCAAAACCAUGAUUAUAAAGAACGUGAAGCCCACCACCACAGUAGAAACCAUCCUGAAAGCUUUGGAUCCCUUUGCGUACCUGGAUGAGAGGAAUGUCCGCCUGGUGAAGGGCAAGCCGCCAGGAACAAAGUGCUUUUGCUUUGUUGACAUGGACUCCCACGAGCAAGUCACACGUCUGGUUGAGCUCCUCACUAAGCCAAGGCCUCUAUUUGUAGACGGAGUCAGAGUUUAUGCCGAGGUGGCAAAACCCCUCAAGAACCAGAAUUUCAGGAGAGAUUUUGAUAAGUCGAACACAUCGAUCCUUGGAUAUCCGCCCGAGGCCAACAUGCUGGGGGUGCCACAGCAGGGCCAGCCAACACUGCCACCUCCUCUACAGCCGUACAUGAUGCCUCUGCCGCCCCCUGUUGGUGCUCCUCCUGGAAUGCAAGGAGAUCUGAUUCCCGGCCUCCAAAAUCCUGGUUUCCCACCAGACCCCAACAUGAAUCAGCAGGGACUUGGCUAUGUGGAAGCUCCACCUGUGGAUCCGUUGUACCAGGCUGGCGGCGCUCAUUUGCCCACAGAUUCAUCUGGGAUGACGGCUGCUCCAGAUGGACCCCAGGCCUACAUGUAUGGUCCAGAGACUCCAGACAUUUCCAAUUACCUGUAUGACGCAACGUCAGGCUUCUACUACGACCCGGAGACGACGCUAUACUACGAUCCAAACUCCAGGUAUUUUUACAACGCUCAGACCCAGGAGUACUUGUACUGGGACGCUUUGUCAAAGACUUACAUCCCAGUUCCUGGAGGGACGUCGACAGAGGCCCAGCCCGCGACCAUGACCGCAGAAGACCAGGCCAUCCUGUCAAACCCGGCGGCAGACGCUCCUCUGGAGAUGAAGAAGCCGUCACUCCCCAACGUGACGGAAGCCGCUGCGCCCGCUCCCGUUCCAGAAGCCAGCCCCACUCCAGAGUCUGCCCUGGGUUCGGCGGCAGCUCCGGAGAAAAGGGAGGACGACGACUCCAAGAAGGACAAAGACGAGAAGCCACGGAGUCUCGCUGCCGUCAAGAUAAUGAAGGACAUGGAGCGGUGGGCAAAGAUCCAGAAUCGGCAGAAAGACAGUGUCCGAGCUCCAUCUCCAGUCCUGAAAACGGGGCUGGAUGAAGACAGGCGGCAGUCCAAGUCUGCUGAUGCUGGUUUUGCUAUAUUCGAAAGAAAGAUUUCAGGUGGAGAAGAUCUUUUUAAGAAGCCCCUGGCUCCACCCAAGAAAGAUGAGAAAUCGAAGCGGCCCAUGGGCUCUCUGGGUCUGCUGGCAUCGGACUACGCCGCUGGAAGCGACGAAGAAGUGGAGGAAGACAAGGAGGACGCGUCUAAAAGCAGCCAGAGCAGCCGUUCAGAGGACAAAGAGGACAAGCUGACGGACUGGAAGAAGAUGGCCUGCCUGCUGUGCAGGAGACAGUUUCCCAACAAGGACGCACUGAUCCGUCACCAGCAGCUCUCCGACCUGCACAAACAAAACAUGGAGAUCCACCUCAAGAUCAAGAGGUCGAAAAAAGAGCUGGAGGCGUUGGAGAACCAAGAGAAAGAACAGCUGAGCGCCAGAGAAUCCACCAAAUCACCAGAACAGAAGCGGAGAAAACACCACCAUCAACCGCCGCAGCAUCACAACGCCUGGGCGGGAAGCUCCAGGGAAACAAGUAAAGUCAGUGAGCGGCCCGGUUUAGGUGCUGAACCGCCCCCUCAGAGAAAGAAGAAGGAGCCCGUCGUUUGGGAUCAUGCCACCUACAAACAAGCAGUGCGGAAGGCCAUGUUCGCACGGUUCAAGGAACUUGAGUGAUCUCCUCUGAACACUUCCACAUGUGAAACGUUGAUGGGAAGCUUGAACACGAUCACAGGAGGAAUCGGCUUUGACUCCCGCACCUUUUCUCUGCCUCAGACUUCAAAAUAAUGAUUCAGCGCAGUGCGUGGCUUCUAAAAAUCACCUCUCAAAGCUACAAUAAGGCUUAGAAACGGGACGAAAGACAAUUUGAUGUCCUCAGAAAUGAAAUGAAAUACUGGUUUCAUGUUGAUUUGGGAAUUUUUUAAAUUUUUUUUUGGGGGGGGGGGCAGUGUGGAAGUUGUUCGAUGUGCUCGGACUGUCCUUUUAUUUUCCCUUUGUUUUGUUUUUUUAUGUUUCUCUGGCCACGGUUUAUUUUGUUUUUAGGACGGAGCAGUUUUGUGUUCAUUCCUAUGGGAGGAAAAAUUUUUCUGUUAUGCACAUUUUAAGUGAAAAUAAAAAUGAACUCUUUUGUA